GAAGAUGAAUUCGAGGUUAGGAAAUGAGGAUUUGAGAUCUUAUUUUGAAUUAUAUAUUAUUAUCAAAAACCAUUCAAUAAAUCAAGUGGGGUUUAACACGAGGUUGGUGGGUGGAAAUGAUUGGACUAUGAACAGUGGAUCUGAUCUCUUUCUUGCGUCUCUCCUUCUCUUGAUCGAAAGAGAUACGAUUCAGUGUUCUAACAAGUCCUUCUUGAUCGAAACUCUCUCUCUCUCUACCUUCAGUGAGAUGGAGAUUCUCUUCGAGAAAUAUUUGACAACCGCCGAUCUCAGUUGGCUUAACAUAUUUCUCUUUGGCGCCAACGAGGAGGUCGUUGAGUACUUUGGCUUAGCCACCGUCUUCGCUAGAGGCGCUGAAAUGAUCCUUCGAGUACAGGAUGAGGAAGGCAAGCCAUGGGAGUUCGGAUUCUUAGACGUCAACAUCCAAUUCUACCAAUUAACCAACGGUUGGAGUAACUACGUUAAGGAGAAGCAGCUUGGUGUCGGAGACAUUGUUUUCUUGCAGCGAAUUUUCACAGACAGCAGCAGGCUCUUCAUUGGCUUUAGUAGGCGCGAAGCUGCUCUCGACGGCACAUCCUCUGAUAAACUCAAGGAAGUUAACUCUCCUCUCCCGCUAAGAAGUCAUGUGCAUAGCGUUACAGAGUUUGACCCCGUUUUAGUGUUUUCCUGUGCUGCAAACCAGGAGUCCGGGGAGAGAUACUUCAUCAGCUACAUCUCCACAGAGUUGUGUCUCCGUGGCUUCACCCCUUUGAUAUAUGAUCUAACAAGGGGCACAUUGACUGGGUGUCUGGAGCUGCCACACAGAUCACGGGUUGGUAUUAUUAUUUUCUCCAACAACUAUGCUUCUUCUAGACAGUGCCAGGAUAAUUUUGUGGCAAUAAUGGACCAUUCGAAAGCAAACAGCCUUGUGCUUCUUCCAGUGUUUUUUAAAGUGAAGGUUACAGACAUUAGAGGCCAAAGUGGCUCGUUUGGAAGAGCAUUCUCACAGCUUGAGAAUUCAAUUCAGGCAUCCCAAGUUCCCACCUUCACCUUCAUCGAUAAACAUCAGUAUAUGAAAGGGGGAGAGGUUAUACUUGCCAAAAAUAUUGUUAGCAAUGUCUGUUUGCUGCUCAGUUCUGAAAAUAACAUGAAACUAAGAGGAAGGCUUCAAAUGAAUAGUGUAUUGUCUUUACUAUAUUGUUCUCAAUCCUCAGCCCCACAUAUUGUUGGACUUUGGGGUAUGGCUGGCAUAGGGAAAACAACCAUCGCUAGAGAAAUUUUCAGAACACAAGCUGAUAGAUAUGACGUCUGCUACUUUCUGCCAGACUUCCAUAUAGCGUGUCAAAUGAGAGGACUGAGUCAUCUGCGUGAUGAAUUCUUCUCAAAAAUCUAUGGGGAAGAAAAGGUUACUGUAGACGCAUGUGAUACAAAACUAAGUUUCCUAAGGGAUAGGUUCCUUAGUAAAAAGGUUCUCGUUGUUCUUGAUGGCGUGAGUAGUGCUAGAGAUGCAGAAUUUUUGGUUGGAGGGUUUGGCUGGUUUUCUGGCGGACAUACACUCAUCUUAACAUCUAGAAAUAGGCAAGUUCUUAUACAGUGUACCGCUAAAGAGAUUUACGAAAUCCAGAAACUAUCCGAGCAUGAAUCUCUUCACGUAUGCUCACAGUUUGCCGCUGUACAAAAUUGGAAGGAAAGAACGUCGUUGGUCUCUGAGCUGGUGAACUACGCUAGUGGGAUACCACUGGCUCUGCGUGCCUUAGGUUCGUCCUUACAAAAUAACUGCAUUGUCGGUGAGAAGCAACAUCUGAAAACAUUGCGUCAACAUCCUCUAGUUGAGAUUCAGGAUGCAUUUAAGAGAAGUUUUGAUGUACUAGAUGGCAACGAGAAGCACAUAUUUUUGGACCUUGCAUGUUUUUUCCGAGGGGAGAAUAAAGAUUAUGUAGUGAGCAUCCUUGAUGCUUGCGGUUUUUUUACAGAUUUAGGAAUCUAUGGUCUCAUCGAUGAGUCUCUCAUCAGCCUUGUAGGUAACAGAAUAGAAAUGCCCAACAUUUUUCAAGACACGGGUCGAUUUGUUGUUUGUCAAGAAAAUAAUGAGACAGGGAAGCGUAGCAGAUUGUUGGAUCCUACUGACAUUGUUGAUGUGCUGACCAACAACUCCGGAACAGAAGCAAUUGAAGGCAUAUUUCUCGAUGCAUCUGGCUUAACAUUUGAGCUGAGUACUACUGCUUUUGAGAAGAUGUACAGACUUAGAUUGCUCAAGCUCUACUGUCCAACUUCUGAAAACCAUUGCAAGGUAAGUCUACCUCAAGGCCUUUACUCUUUGCCUGAUGAGCUACGUCUACUCCACUGGGAACGAUAUCCUCUAGGAUCCUUACCUCGGAACUUCAAUCCUAAAAAUAUCGUAGAACUGAACAUGCCCUAUAGCAACAUGACAAGACUAUGGAAGGGAACAAAGAAUCUUGAGAGGUUGAAGAGGAUCAUUCUGAGUCACUCCCGACAGUUGACUAAAUUCCCAAGGCUUUCAAAGGCCAAAAACCUUGAGCUUAUUGAUCUUGAAGGAUGUACGAGUCUGGUUAAGGUUAACUCAUCUAUUCUUCAUCAUCAAAAGCUUACUUUCUUGAGUCUGAAAGACUGUUCACGUUUGCGAAGUAUGCCUGCCACGGUUCAUUUAGAAGCUCUUAAAGUUCUUAAUCUAUCUGGCUGCUCAGAGCUCGAGGAUCUUCAGGAUUUCUCACCAAACCUUAGUGAGCUAUAUCUCGCUGGGACUGCCAUUACAGAAAUACCAUCUUCAAUAGGUGGUCUCACUAGACUUGUUACACUAGAUCUGGAGAAUUGUAAUAGACUUCAGCAUCUGCCACCAGAGAUAAGUAACCUGAAAGCUGUGGUCAGUCUUAGCGCAAAACGUCCUGCAUCUUCCAAGGAAUCAAGGGAUCUUGCUAGCUUUGUGGAUGUGGCACCACCAUAUAGAAGAUAUCGGUUGAAGAGAUGUAUUGAAGCUGUUAUUCUGAGCUUAAGAAAAAGGAAGCGAGAAAAGAUUUUCUCUAUAGCCACAAACCUUUCUGAGGUUAUGCGUGCCUCGGUCUCUACCUGGGGAUUCUUUGGUUUACCAGAAAGACCCGGCGAACCUGAAUGCGCAUAUUACAUGAAGACAGGAGGCUGCAAAUUCGGUAGUGACUGUAAAUUUCACCAUCCGAGACACAGAGAAACUCAUAUCCCAGGUUUAAGCUCCUUUAGCCACCCAUUACGACCAGGAAAUCCUGUGUGUGCCUCGUAUUAUUACACUGGAAACUGCAGCUCGGGUGCUACUUGUAUGUUUGAUCACCCAUCGUCGAUACCGACUCACAGGGACACAUCUUUCGUGGCUUCCUUGACACCAAACUUGAAUCCGCGAGGAUUUUCAUCUUCAAUUGGAGAUUCAUCAAGUGAGCUUGUGGAAGCAGCAACUAAGAAACGGAGAAUACACCAUAACACAUCUCCCAUGGUUUCUGAGACACCGCUCUUGAAUCUGCGAGGAUUUGUUUCUUCAAUUGGAGAUGCAUCAAGUAAGCUUGUGGAAGCACCAACUUCGAAAGUAAGAAUAGCAGCACGUAAGAAACAACGAAUACACAAGAACACAACUUCCAUGGCUUCUGAGACGCCACAUUUGAAUCCCCCAGAACUUUCUUCUUCUCCUGGAGCUUUAUCAAGUGAACAUGUGAAGCAGAACAAGGAUUAAGUGCAAAGCUUUUGUCACAUCAAAACGUGCAAGGAUUUGAUGAUUAUUGAUGAAGAACCAGUUUGUAAGCACCAUUCCUUUGUAUUAUUCUACAGAGAUUAACAAAACAAUAACAGUUACCAAAUACACUAUGAAAACUAUAUAUAUAUAU